CUGCCUUUCGCCCGUGGCUGCUGAACAGAAGAGACAAAAGUUUGCGGCGACGGCGGCGAAUGCUUUGCUUUCGGAGCUGAUCGGGUAGGAACGAUGACCGAGCCAGGAUGUGCACCAGCAGCCACAUCAUCGGUAGCCUCCUGGUGCUCUCCGUGCUGGAGAUAGGGUUGGGAGUCUCCAGCGUGGCCGUGGGGGCGGUCAGUUUCAGCCUGGUCCUUGGGGAGCAUCCGCCUCAGUUAGGAGACUCUUCUCCGGUAUGGAGCGGGGUGUGUUUUCUGCUUUGUGGAGCAUGUGGAAUUCUGUGUGCCAAAAAAAAAUCAGGACUUGUUAUGAUCCUUUUCUCAGCCUGCUGUAUUUGUGGACUCAUUGGAGGAAUAUUAAACUUUCAGUUCCUUCGUGCACUGACCAAGAAAUCCUCGGUUCUCUAUUCAUUGCAUCUGACAUCCAUGUCCCUGGCAUGUAUCGGAAUUGGGGGCUGCACCCUUUCUUCAUGGCUCACUUGCCGGCUUGCCAGCUACGAGCAAAGGCGAAUGUUUUCAGAAAGAGAGCAUUCACUGCAUCACUCCCAUGAAAUGGCUGACAAGAGAUUGAGGGGGAUUGAAAUAACCGACCUGCCCAGCUGCCCGGUGAUUCCCCCAACACCAGAGUUGCCUCCCAGCAGACAGGUAUCUUCUUCACCAAACCCACACUUCAAUCAACAUUAUCUGGCACCUUUUCUGGAAAUCCUAGCAGAGACCAAGGAAAUGACAGACAACAUGAGCAAUGGAGGACCACAUUUAAUUUAUAAUGGUAGAGCAUACUGAAAGAUUCACAAUGCUCAUGGGACAACUAUCUUCAGGAUUCUCUUUACAGGGAAAACAUGUAGAUGCCAACAACUUUGCAAGAAGGCAUGGAAUGAAUCUUUGCUUUGAUCUGCAACAAUUUUACAGUUUUAAAAAUGGCACAGUGGCAUCCCCUUUCAGUUGGUUCUUUGGAUUUCCUCUUCCAUAUUCUGGAGAUAUAUUUUACUGCAUAUUUAGAAGAUGAGCAGAACUUAUAACGUCUCUAAAUUUAUUUUUGGUCCAAAUAAUUUUUCAUAGUUCUUUGGAACUAUUUGAAUCUGACUUUGUGAACUAUUCCUCUCUUGAUGAUUUUUAGAAACCCUGGGCCUACACAUGACAAUGGAGUGGGUUCAAAUGCUGGAUUGCACAAUGGUAGGAAUGAAAGCCUUGCCUUUCAGCUACGGAGACCACUGAAUGAAUUAUGAGCAUGCUGCAGCCACACUGAUGUCUUUGUUUUGAAAGACAGAAUGCUUUUAGGAUGCCAUAAGUUAAAACUUGAACAAUGCCUUGCUGUAAAGAAACUGUAAAUAUUU